AUGGAAUUAGUUGAUGAUUUUAUUGAAUUUAUGGAUUUUUGCACAGAUCCUAUGGCUUUUUGCAUUUAUGCAAGCAAACUUCUUGAAGAAAAUGGUUAUGUUCACGUUCAAGAAAAUAAUCUUCCAAAAGAAUUACCUAAAAAAGGAUAUUUAAUUCGCUCUCAUAAGUCAUUUAUCGCUUAUAAUGCUGCUUGGUUCAAGGGUGCUGUAGUAACAGGCGCUCAUUCCGAUUCUCCAAUUCUAAAAUUGAAAAAUAACAUCGAAAAAACAACAGAUUUAUAUCACUUGCUAAAUACAGCGAACUACACUGGCGGCUUAUCACAUUCUACAUUCGGAAGAGACUUAAAACUCAAAGGUCUCGUUUAUUAUUUAGAAAAUGGAACACUUCAAACGAAAUACAUCGAUUCAAAAAGACCAAUAGGAUUUAUUCCAUUUCCAGAAGUGUCUUUAAUGGAUAAAUUCUCAUUAACACCAGAAUUUAACAGAGAUAAUAACAUGAGGAUUGUAGUCGGAACAAAAGGUACUACUCCUGUAUACGAGUAUCUCGCAGGACUUGCAGAAAUACCAGUUGAUUCUAUAGUUUCUACAGAUCUUUAUUUAGCUGAUAUAAAUAAGGCCAAAGUUGAUGGAGAAUUCCUUACCUCAGCACGUCUUGAUAACCUUGUUUCAUCUUACUGCUCACUAAAGGCAUUUAUUGAGUCAGAGCCGAAAGAUACGUUAAAUAUGAUUUGUGUCUUUGAUAAUGAAGAAAAUGGCAGUCACACACUCAAUGGAGCUUUAGGAGACUUCUUUGAGCGAACUCUUAGGUUCAUAACUUCUAGAUCUAACGUUAAUUUGGAAGUAUUAAAGAGAAACUCGUUGAUUAUCAGUGCAGAUGCAAACCAUGGCUCACAUCCGAACUAUGCAGGUCUCUACGAGAAGAACCAUCAGCCAGGACUCGGCCAAGGCCUUAUGAUGCGCGGAACAGGUCAAAACACAACUUCACUCAGUUUCAGAGGAAUUAUUACGAUGAAAGAAGCAUCGAAAUUGGCCAAUCAACAGAUCACCGUAACAGCUAAGAGAAACGGAAGAGGAAGUGGCGGAACAAUUGGCCCUAAGAUGGAAUUUCUCAAUGGAAUGCCUGUUAUUGAUGUCGGAUCUCCAAUGCUAGGAAUGCACUCGUACAGAGAAACAAUGUGCUACAAAGACCUCAAAGCACAGCUCGACAUCAUCAAAUACACGUACUUGAACUACGCUGAUAUCCUAGCAAGAAUGGAUGGCAAUAACUAA